AUGGGCGACGAACACAUCUCCGCUACGAAGCGACCAGACUUCUCCGUGGAUGAGCACCGCCCUAUGAAGGUCAUAUGCAUCGGCGCUGGCUUUGCCGGUAUUGCGGCUGGAAUUCGUUUCCGGCAGCGUGUCCCUAAUCUAGAUCUGACCAUCUACGAGAAGGAAGAUGGGGUCGGUGGAGUUUGGCACGCGAAUAAAUACCCCGGCCUUGGCUGUGAUAUUCUUUCUCAUGCAUACCAAUACUCUUUCGAGGAGAAUACUCAAUGGUCGUCGUUCUAUUCCCCUGGCCCAGAGAUCAAGGCGUACCUAGAAGGAGUCGUCGCCAAGUACAAGCUCAUACCUUACAUUCGCCUUCGACAUGAACUAGUAUCAGCCCGCUGGAACGAGGGUACUGCCAAGUGGACAGUCAGGAUUCGUCGUCUUACGGAUGGCCAUGAAUUCACAGACUCGUCGGACGUUCUCUUUCUCGGUGUUGGGGGUCUCAGCCGCUGGCACUGGCCGGAUCUCGACGGAUUGAAGAGCUUCCGCGGAACCCUUGUCCACAGCGCUGACUGGAGGGUGACAGACGAAACUCUCGAGAGCUGGAAGAACAAGAACGUCGCUGUCAUCGGAAAUGGCUCUACCGGUGUGCAGCUCGUACCCGCGCUCCAGCCGCGCGUCAAGACGCUCACCAAUUUCAUCCAUGGAAAGGCCUGGUUGACGAUGCAGCUCUCCGUUGAUAAAAUGUUAGCGCUCGUGGGCAAAGAGCCAGGGACUCUUGACUACUCUUUCGAUGAGGACUUCAAGAAGAAGCUUGAGGAUCCCGUGUACUAUCGGCGCUUUCGGCAUGAAGUUGAAGCUGCCAUGCAUGGGCUCGGUCCUGUCUACAUCAAGGGAUCGCCAACGCAAGCUGUGGUCAGGGAUCUUGUUGAGAAGGAGAUGAUCAAGAAGCUCUCUCGCAAACCUGAGCUCAUCGGGAAAGUCUUGCCCAAUUUCCCAGUAGGAUGCCGGAGAAUCUCUCCAGGACCCGGCUAUUUGGACGCUCUAUGCGAAGACAACGUGACACUCGAGACUACGCAUAUUGCCCACGUUACAGAAACCGGCGUAGAGCUUGUGGACGGUCGACAGGUCGCGUUGGACGUGAUGGUCUGCGCGACCGGCUUUGACACGACGUGGCUGUACCCCUUCCCAGUCAUUGGAAGAGAUGGCCAGGCACUUACCGACCGUUGGGCUGCCCAUGCAGAGGCGUACCUCACGGUCGCUGUUGAUGGUUUCCCAAACCUCUGGUUUUGCUCUGGCCCCAACUCUGGCCUUACCUCGGGAAGUGCUAUCGCCACGAUAGAGAAGCAGGUUGACUACGCUGUAGCUGCUGUCGUGAAGAUGCAGCGUGAGCGGCUACGCAGCAUGGAGGUUAAGCGCGAGGCGCUCCGCGAUUUCAAUGAAUGGGCACGGGACUACUUCAAGAAGACGGUGUAUGCCGAGAACUGUAGUAGCUGGUACCUGAGCCCCAACGAUGGAGUCUUGACAGGGCUUUGGCCAGGGAGCUGCCUGCACUUCAUCCAUGUUCUAUCCCGCCCACGUUGGGAGGAUUUCGACUACGAACGUUUAGCGGAAGAUCGUAGUCAGAACAAGUUCUACUGGCUUGGCGACGGUCUGACCUACGCCGAGAAGACUAUGACAGGCGAUCGGGCUUGGUAUCUCAAUGAUGUGGACAUUCCACCGGUGCCACAGUAG